UUUUUUUUUAUCCUUUUAACUACUUUGAAUUUCGGACCUUGCUAAUCCCACUACGCACUUCUUUAAUUAACCUCACCAAACAGCAUAUUCUUUGUUUAUAUUUUCCCUGGUUUAUGGUUCUGACCUUGUAUAAAUCUAGGGUUUUGUUCAAUUGGUAUGGUAGGAAUCGGUAAAGAAAGCUCUCAUAGUUUCUGAAGUAGUACCCAUAAAACUAUAAACCAUUUUCUGUUUAAGCCAUGGACUUAAAUGUUUUCUUGAAGGAAACAGUUUGUCUAAGGCCGUCUGAACAGUCCCAAAGACAAACUAUUGAACUUUCUGGUCUGGACAGGAUAUCCCCUGCAAUUCUCUAUGCUGUCUUCUUUUAUAAAUGUAACUUGAACUCAGAGGCAGAAAAUAGUAUUGAGAGAGCCAAGAGAGCUCUCCAAAAGGUUCUGGUUUCAUGGUAUCCAGCUGCUGGGAGAUUUAGAAUCAGUGAUGCAACGGGGAAGCUGGAGAUUGACUGCAACGAUGAAGGUGUAACCAUGAUCACUGCAGUGUGUGAUUCCAAGCUUGAAGAGCUUGGCAAACUGCAUGAAUACAAACCAUGCUAUGAAAAGCUUGUUCCGCAGCUUUCUGAUGCUGAUGAUAUAUCAAAAAACCCACUUGUUCUUGUGCAGAUAACAAGGUUUGCUUGUGGAGGGCUUUCAGUUGGUGUUGGAGGUAGCCAUGCUUUAUUUGAUGGCAGUGGAGCAUUCACUUUUCUAGCAUCAUGGGCUCAUAUAUCAAGUGGGAAAGAUGAAUCUGACCUUAUUGUUCCCAACCAUUCAAGAGAUGCGAUUUUGCAUGCUAUCUAUUCUCUGCAUUCAACCCCUUCAGCUGCUUCAAUUUAUGAACAAGACCACAUAAUAGCUAUUGAAGAUCUCUAUGGGAUACCAAUGCAGACCAUGGCAUCCGAUGACAGAUGUUGGGAAACUGCACUAGCAAAAUUCAGCCAAGUUGAUCCUCAAGGGGGACCUGAACUUAUUACAUUGUGCAUCAAUAAGGAAACUGUUGAGACAUUGAAGGCAUUAGCAAUCGAGAGGGGCAAGCUCUUGAAGUGUUCUACGUUCGAUGUUUUAUGUGCACACCUAUGGAAGGCAAGAGUAAAGGCUCUUCUUCUAGAUCCCAACACAAAUAUAUGUUUGCAGUUCCCAGUUGAUUCCCGAAACAGGUUCCAACCUCCACUUGGCGAAAACUUUACUGCCAAUGCCUUUGUUCUCGCCUCAGUUUCGUGUUUAGUGAAAGAACUAUUAGAAGAACCUCUUCACAGCACAAUUCAUAAAAUUCAAGCAGCAAAAGACAUUAUUACUGAUGAGUACAUCAAACUAUACGCAAAAGCUCUCGAGUCCUCGAACAAGUUUUUACCUUCUAUGCGAGAGUUGACAAUUAUUACUGAUUGGUUGAAGUUCCCCUUCAAUGCACUAGAUUUUGGUUGGGGAAAACUUUCUAGUGCUGCUCUUUUAGCAACUCCUGUGCAGGAAACUGCAUUUCUGAUGAUGAAUCUUGAAGAAUCUGGAGGUUUCUUAGUUCGGAUUGGAAUUGGAGGUCAAUACGUGCAUGAUCUUAUCAGCAACUUCAAUAACUUCAACUACUGCUGAAGUGGCAGAGCCCCUUCAUGCAUGUAUGUUUCGUACUAUGUUAAGUUUUUGUAAGAAAUUAGUUUUUAGUCUGACUGGUGCUGUAGUAUAGAUCUCAGUGGUUUUUUUUGGAAGAAAGACCUCAGUGUCUUAUAUUAUAGCAUAAACUUUGUAAAAAAAAACCUAGUCAGAAGUAUGUGAAAUACUGUUUGUGGGUUUGUGAUCUUUUGAUUAAUAAAACUAUUCUGUACUAUUAUAAAUAAUGUACUUCUAAUCUUUCAUAUA